AUGCAACUACGGCUUGAUCCGCGUCGUCCUAACUGGCUAACAUCUGCAAGUCAAGACAGUGAAGAGGAUGUCACAUCAAAUGAUGGCAGCACAAAGCAUUAUGCAUCUCUUUUACAACGACCGGCAAUAGAACUCAAUCCCCAGUUUUUCUUUCCGUCAAGAAAUAAACCAAGGACAAUAGGUAGAGCAAACUGUGUGAUUCCAAGUAUUAAAAUUGAAGAAAAUUCGGAACAACAAGAACAAGACGAAGAUGAAAAUUCAUUCGUUAAAAGCAUUCAGAGGAACCCAUUUACAAAACACACUAAUCCAUUUAGGGAUGAUAAUUCUGAUAGUGCCGUUCAAAAUGGGUUGCGACCGGGAAUUCCUACACGCUCCGUUUCCUUCAAUAAUAAAUUAGCAUCCCAGCUUGAAGAAGAAGCUACUCGGAGACAACACUCAAGUAACAGCGAGGAUGGAACAUCAUCACCAAGUUUUUUCAGACAUAAACGUUUUCCUCUUAAUCAGUCAGCCUUGAGUUUGGAUUUGUCUUCGCGCAGACGCGAUUCUCAAAAUUCUAAAGACUGGUCGUCCGAACAGCCGCAUCAGGAUAAUGAAGCAGGUCUUGAAGAAUCUAGUAGGAAAGGCUUUUUAGCUUGGAUACUUAAAUUGUUCGUGAGUCGUGACGCAAAUGCAUACAUUGGACCCUUGGACGUGAGUAUUAGCGGCCAUCUGAAAUUGCUUCCGAAAAUUGUGAACAGUGUCCAGAAGGAAAAACAAAGUUUGGAGAAGGAACAGCCCCAACCGGAAAACGGAACUUAUCGUGAACGUUUAAGUUAUGCUUUCCAUAAGUAUGCACGUUCUGACCUUCAUCGAAGUCGUUCUAAACUACGAAUUACUGUUCAUCCAGAUCCUUAUGAAAAGAGGCAGCUGUUUAUAAUUAAACUGUGCGAAUCACUUAUGCGAUUUGGUACACCAAGUCACCGUAUUGAAAAAAGUUUAAAUACCGCUGCCAAAGUCUUAGAUGUUGGUUGUAAAUUUCUUUAUUUUCCGGAUUGUAUGGUACUGUCGUUUACUAAACAGGAAACACAUUCAGCAGAUAUAAACAUCGUUCACGCUUCUACCAUAACAGACUUAAACCGGAUGGCUUUAGUUAAUGAAGUGUACCGACGUGUGAUAUUUGAUGAGCUGGGUGCAACAGAAGGUGCCGAGACUCUACAAAAAAUCAUAUCCUUUCUUCCUCUCUACCGGUCUUGGCUGGUUGUGUUUAUGCAUGGACUUGCGAGUGCUUCUAUUCUACCAGUCGCUUUCGGAGGAGGAUGGAUCGACACACCGGUUGGAUUCUUUCUUGGUCUUAUCUUGGGCUUCUUACGUGUUUAUGUCGCUCCACGCUCAUAUAUAUUCAACAACCUUUUUGAAAUUAUUGUAUCUAUAUUGACUACUUUUCUCGGUCGAGCGUUUGGUAGCAUAUAUCGAGGAAGUACAGAGGUUUUCUGUUUUGCAGCUCUUACGGAGGGCGCUAUUGUGCUCAUCCUUCCUGGAUAUAUUGUUUUCUGUGCAGUGCUGGAACUUCAAUCAAAAAGCAUUGUUGCUGGAGGGGUCCGAUUGUUGUAUGCUAUUAUAUUUUCCUUGUUUCUAAGCUUUGGUAUUACCAUUGGUGCUGCUCUCUAUGGUUGGAUGGACAAAAAAGCAACUAAUCAAAGUACAUGUCCUUCUACGAGGGCUGUAAAUCCCUUAUAUUACAUUCUUUUGAUUCCUAUCUUCACAAUGUGCUUGCUGAUUGUUAAUCAAGCACAUCCCAGGCAAUGGCCAAUCCAAAUGAUAAUUUCUUGUGUGGGAUAUCUCGUUAAUUAUUUCUCCUCUUUGCACUUUGGCACUAGUCAAAUUUCAAAUGCUAUUGGUGCUUUUGCAAUUGGAUGUUUUGGGAAUGUCUACUCACACUUUGGUAAAACAAUGUCUUUUGCAGCUGUGCUUCCUGCAAUAUUUGUGCAAGUUCCUUCGGGUUUUGCUGCCCAGGGAGGCGUCAGUGCUGGAUUGCAGACGGCAACGAACAUUGUUAACCAUAAUACUACGACUAAUACCACAGUUGUCACUGUUCAAGACAAUCAAAACAGUUCACUUCAAUUUGGUUUUACGAUGGUUCAGAUUGCAAUAGGGAUUGCCGUUGGUUUCUUUGCCAGUUCCAUAACUAUUUAUCCAUUUUUUGGUAUAAAUCAAAGCAAAGACGAAGAAGAUUAA